AUGGAGCCGCUGAAUAGUAAUCGAAGGUCAUCUCAAUUUCCGCCUCGUGGUCUUGACCGUCUUGGAAUAUCCCGCCGUCCACUGCGAGAGCGCACCUCGUCCUUUCCGGGUUUGAGCGGAAACCUCGGCAGUAGCAUUGGCCUGGGACGGCCCUCGAAUCCAAAAGACCGAGCAUUGAGAUUUUGGACGCAAGCCGAUAAUAUGGACAAAGUUCUGAUAUCCAUAUAUCAAUACUUUGAAGGAAAGGGGAUCUAUUCCAUCGUGCUAUCGCGAGUGAUAAAGACCUUGAUGAAGGCGUUCCUGGUCAUCUUCUCGACAUUUCUGUUCUUCUGCAUCGACUACUCUUUGAUCCAUCAGAAGAAUAUGCUAUCGGAGAUCGUCAGACCAAGCUGCAUGUCUUUCUCUGGAUCGGGACUGCAGUCCCUUAUCAUUCUUGGUAUCUUUGCGUGGUUUGCCACGGAGUUUGUGCUUCUCCUCAAAGAAGUUCCUCGCCUUGUGGAGUUGUCCAAUUUCUAUACUCACGUCCUGGGCAUUCCGGAGGGUAACAUCCAGACAAGCACAUGGGCGGACGUGACUGCAGUUUUGACGACCCUUCCAUAUCGUCGCGGGACUCUAAAUGCUCACACGGUUGCGAACCGGAUCAUGCGGAGGGACAACUACAUGAUCGCGCUAUUCAACAAAGAUCUCUUGAACUUCACACUCCCCGUACCAUAUUUCCGUGGGCAUCAGUUCCUCACACGCAUCACGGAGUUUAUCCUCUUGUGGUGCUUGUGGGGUAUCGUUUUUGACCGAAAUUGGCGCAUCAAGAAGAAAGUGCUGGAAGGGAAUCGGAGGGAAGCUCUGGUAACAGAAUUGAACACGCGAUUCGCCCAAGUAGCGCUUGUAGCCCUCUUAUGCUCGCCUUUCUUGCUAGUAUGGCUUCUUAUGUUCUUCUUCUUCCGGUACACCGAGGAAUUUCAUAAAAAUCCAUCGUCGCUUGGCACACGGCAGUACUCUCCUCUUGCAAAGUGGAAAUUCCGCGAAUUCAACGAAUUGCCUCAUCUGUUUCAAAAGCGUCUGAACCGGAGUUACCGACUCGCCAACAAGUACAUGAACCAGUUUCCAAAUUCCAAAGUCACUUCUGUUGCAAAUUUCGUAUCGUUCGUCACGGGCUCCUUCCUGUCUGUGCUCAUCAUCGCGACUCUGCUAUCCGAAGACCUCCAACAUCGAUUUGAAAUAACACCCGCGCGGUCGGUUUUCUUCUACAUCGGGAUCUUUGCGACUAUCACCGCUGUGGCAAGGGGCAUGGUACCAGACGAGAAUGAAGUGUUUGAACCCGCAUUGCUUCUUCGAAACGUCAUUGAAGAAGUGCGAUAUAUCCCGGACACUUGGCGGGAUAAGCUCCACACGAACGAGGUCCGCGGAGAGUUCGGCGCGCUAUUACCAUUCAAGUUACUACUCUUCUUGGAAGAGGUUGCCUCGGUUGCAUUCGCACCAAUCAUAUUCUUCUACUCCUUACCUACAUGUGCUGGCGAGAUCAUCGAUUUCUUUCGGGAGUUCACCGUUCACGUUGAUGGGAUCGGAUAUGUCUGCUCAUUUGCGGUCUGGGACUUUAGGAAAUUUGGGAAUGCGAAGGUGGGUGGUGUGCAGUAUGGAGCUCCAACCCAAGGACGUAACGACUACUACUCCUCGAAGGGUGGCAAAAUGGAGCAAUCUUUCCUCAAUUUCAAGGUACGUCUCGCCGAACGCCGCUUACCUUCAUGUUUCAUGUACACUGAGAGUGACUUCAACUUUCCAGGCGAACAAUCCCGAUUGGGAUCCCGGAGAAGAGGGCUCGCAAUACCUCAAUGCUAUCCUUGCUCGUGCGGGGAACGCCGAGAGUGGGAAUCAGCAAGCAUCUGGGCUUUACUACCCUGGUGCACCUGGAGAUCCCGGCGUAUCCUCUAG